GGGAGGUGCUGGCGGCCAUCUUGGCCGGUCUCUCUUCGUGUGCUGUGCACGUUGCUUCGGUGGGGAGGAACGAAUCAGAGAUCCCGCCGAGUACCGGAGCGGUGGAGGCUUCCGUUUUACCUUCCGUGUCGCUCCUGGAGCGGUGUUAGACUCCCCGGCGAAGCAUCGUUUGGCGAAACCUGCUGAAACUACAUUUACCAAAAUGGCAGACAAGCUUACAAGAAUAGCUAUUGUAAAUCAUGACAAAUGCAAGCCAAAGAAAUGUCGGCAAGAAUGCAAGAAGAGUUGCCCGGUUGUACGAAUGGGGAAACUUUGCAUAGAAGUUACUCCACAAAGUAAGAUUGUAUGGAUUUCUGAAACACUGUGCAUUGGUUGCGGUAUCUGUAUUAAGAAAUGUCCUUUUGGAGCGUUGUCCAUUGUGAACUUGCCGAGUAAUCUUGAGAAAGAAACUACACAUAGAUACUGUGCCAAUGCAUUUAAGCUUCACCGAUUGCCUACUCCUCGUCCUGGAGAAGUACUUGGGUUGGUUGGCACCAAUGGUAUUGGGAAAUCAACCGCGUUGAAGAUUUUGGCUGGAAAGCAAAAGCCAAACCUUGGAAAGUACGAUGAUCCACCUGAUUGGCAAGAAAUAUUGACCUACUUCAGAGGAUCUGAGUUGCAAAAUUACUUCACCAAGAUUUUGGAAGAUGAUUUAAAGGCUAUCAUUAAACCUCAGUAUGUGGACCAAAUCCCAAAAGCAGCGAAGGGCCCAGUAGGAACUAUCUUGGAUAGAAAGGAUGAAACGAGAACCCAGACAAAAAUAUGCGAACAGCUUGAUCUGACACAUCUGAGAGACCGAAAUGUGGAGGACCUUUCUGGUGGAGAGUUGCAACGAUUUGCUUGUGCGGUUGUAUGUAUCCAGAAAGCUGAUAUCUUCAUGUUUGAUGAACCAUCUAGUUACUUAGAUGUGAAGCAACGCCUGAAGGCAGCCAUUACCAUUCGAUCUCUUAUUGAUCCAGAUCGUUACAUCAUUGUUGUGGAGCACGAUUUGAGUGUGCUGGAUUACCUUUCAGACUUCAUUUGCUGCCUGUAUGGUGUGCCAAGUGCUUAUGGUGUUGUUACCAUGCCUUUCAGUGUCCGAGAAGGCAUAAACAUUUUCUUGGAUGGAUACGUUCCAACAGAAAACUUACGAUUCAGAGAUACAUCUCUGGUUUUUAAAGUGGCUGAAACAGCAAAUGAAGAGGAAAUAAAAAAGAUGUGCAUGUAUAAAUAUCCCUCCAUGAAAAAGAAGAUGGGUGACUUUAAGCUUGCCAUCAUAGCUGGGGAGUUCACAGAUUCUGAAAUCAUGGUCAUGUUGGGCGAAAAUGGAACUGGAAAGACCACAUUUAUCCGAAUGCUUGCUGGAAGGCUGAAACCAGAUGAAGGAGGCGAUGUCCCAGUUCUUAAUGUGAGCUACAAACCACAGAAGAUCAGCCCCAAAUCAACAGGCAGUGUUCGUCAGCUGCUUCAUGAAAAAAUCAGAGAUGCCUAUACCCACCCGCAGUUUGUUACUGAUGUGAUGAAACCAAUGCAGAUUGAAAAUAUUAUUGAUCAAGAGGUGCAGACAUUGUCUGGUGGUGAACUUCAACGUGUUGCCUUGGCUUUGUGUCUAGGUAAACCUGCAGAUGUCUACCUAAUUGACGAACCUUCAGCAUACCUGGAUUCUGAACAGCGUCUCAUGGCAGCUAGAGUCAUAAAACGAUUCAUACUACAUGCAAAGAAGACUGCCUUUAUUGUGGAGCACGAUUUUAUUAUGGCCACCUACCUUGCUGAUCGUGUCAUUGUGUUCGACGGUAUCCCUUCCAAAGAUACUUUAGCAAACAGCCCUCAGACCCUUUUGGCUGGUAUGAACAAAUUUUUGUCUCAGCUGGAAAUCACAUUUAGGAGAGAUCCCAACAACUACAGACCUAGAAUAAACAAAAUGAAUUCCAUCAAGGACGUGGAUCAGAAGAAGAGUGGAAAUUACUUUUUCUUGGAUGACUAAACACCAAUCCAAACAUCAAUUCUUAACAUAAAGCCUCUUGUGUGAAACUUUAUGCUGUUUCACAGAAUUCACCUAAAUUGAACUAGAAUCUGUCAGAGUACCACUGUUUAGUGUACAUAUUCCAAAUGCAGCCUAGUGGUUGUACAUGGGGAGAAUAUAUCCAUUCCACAUUCCUGCACUAUUCUGAAACAAAAGUAUAAAUUUGUAUGGGUUAACAACUUGUAUAAGUUAUUUAUCAUCCUAUAUGCUGACAAAUAUCCACCAAUUUUAGACACUUGAAAUUUAUUUCUUGACAAUAUGGUUUAUAAAACUGCUACCAUUGAGUUCAAUCUUGUUUUAAAGAGGGAUUUAACCCAAGAAGAGGUUUUGAAAAAUAAAUAUCCACCUCAAAUUGA